AUGUCGAAUUAUAAUCAAACGUCUUCGAAUAAUUUUGGUACAAUGCCAGCAAUAAAUUCUCAACUUCAAAUGACAAAUUCAAGUUUUAUUAAAUCUGAAAUUGAACGUUUUGAAGGUGUACAUCCAUCGAUUUAUUCAAUAUAUGAAUUAAUCGAUGAGAUUAAAGAUCAAUUAAGUACUCAAGCACAUAUUCGUGAACAUGUUAUGAUUAUCGAAGACUCAUUUGUGAACAGUCAAGAAUGGACCUUAAGUCGAAAUGUUUUAGAUAUUCGAAUUGGGUUAUUAGGUACAAUAUCAAGUGGAAAGUCUGCUUUAGUGCAUAGAUUUUUAACUGGUAUUUAUAUGCAAGAAGACUCACCUGAAGGUGGAAGAUUUAAAAAAGAAAUUAUUAUUGACAAUCAAAGUUAUUUAUUGCUUAUACGAGAUGAAGCUAAUGCACCAGAUUCACAAUUUACGCAUUGGGUUGAUGCUGUCAUAUUUGUAUUUAGUUUAGAAAAUGAAGAAAGUUUUAAAACAAUUUAUCAAUAUUAUACAAAAAUGAAUCAUUAUAGAAAUAUCAGUGACAUGCCACUAAUUCUUGUAGGAACACAAGACGCAAUUAGUGAAAGUAAUCCACGUAUUAUACAUGAAGAUCGAGCGAGAAAAUUAGCAAAUGAACUUAAACAUUGUACAUAUUAUGAAACAUGUGCUACGUAUGGUCUUAAUGUGGAACGAGUAUUUCAUGAUGUUUGUCAAAAAGUUGUUCAACAACGAUAUGGUUUUUCGACUUCAACAUUAUCCUCCAAUCGUUCAAUAUCAUCUCAACAACAAUCACCAAUAUCAAAUCAACUACGAGUUUUAACAAGUUCUCAAAGUGUUCCACAAUCUUCUCAUAUGACUGGUAAUAUCAAUUCAACUAAAGCAACACCAGCAUCAAUAUUUUCGUCCUAUCAUUAUGAUCAACAGCCACCUAUUAUUUCACCUCCAACACAAAAUUUAGCUAUUGCACAACUUGCUCAAUGUGUUAAUACUCAAACAUUAAAUGGUGUACUUAAAGAUCGAAAUAAUCAACAACAACAGCAGCAGCAGCCACAAAUUGAUAAACGUACUCGAUCAUUUAAAGAGCAAUUAGGAGCAAAAUUAUCAACACUUAGUGAAACACAAUUGUUACCUGUAUAUGAAGCACAAUCAAGAAUUGAUACAAAUGACCAAUUAACACCAACACAAAAAAGAAAAGAAACAAAAAGAAAAUCAAAUUUAUUUACACCUGGAAAAAAAGAUGAAGAUAAAAAUAAAUCAGAACGAUUAGGACAUGGUCGAGCAAUACCAAUUAAACAGGGUUUUUUAUAUAAAAAAGGAACCAAUAGUAUUAAUCGAGAUUGGAAAAAGAAAUAUGUUGUUUUAUUAGAUGAUGGUCGAAUAAUUUAUCAUCCAUCAUUACAUGAUUAUGAAAAUGAUUCUCAUGGAAAAGAAAUAAUUCUUCAACGUACAUCAAUUAAAAUUCCAGGUUCAAAUAAACCUCGUAUUGCUCUACGUAGUUCAAGUAAUGAUAACAAAUUGAAUGAUAUGACAUCAACAGAUUCAUUAUCACAUACAUCAGGUAAAAUUCACAACUGUGUUUCUGAACAGUUUAAUUAUCUUUUUCUAUUAGGAAAAGUUGAAACACCAAAUGCAAAGAAACGCCAUCGUCGUAAUCAACAAUCAACUGUAAAUAAUUCAAUAAAUAAUUUUGCAACACCAAAAUCAAUAUCAAAUACAAAUGGCGGUGAUGAUGAUGGCGAUGAAAAUGUUUUUAUAAUUGUAUCAUUGGAUAAACAAUGGUUUUUUGAAGCACAAUCCAAUGAAGAACGUGAUGAAUGGGUACAAGCUAUUGAACAACAAAUUUUAUUUAGCAUACAAAAUAUUGAAUCUUCAAAAGCAGCACGAGCAGCUAAAAUAGGUGGACCAACUAUAGCUGAUUCAGCAACCGUACAAGCCAUUAAACAAAUAUCAGGAAAUAAUUUUUGUGCAGAUUGUGAUCAAAUAAAUCCAACAUGGGCUUCAUUAAAUCUUGGUUCUUUAAUUUGUAUGGAUUGUGCAUCAUUACAUAGAAAUCUUGGUACGCAUUUAUCACGUGUUCGAUCGCUUGAAUUGGAUGAAUGGCCAUCGGAACUUGUGCAAGUAAUGCGUUCAAUUGGAAAUAAACUAGUCAAUUCUAUAUGGGAAAUAAAUAUCAAAAAUCGAAUUAAACCUCAACCAAAUACUUCUUCUUCUGAACGUGAACGAUGGAUUAGAGAUAAAUAUGAACAAAAAUUAUUUAUUGCACCAUUAACAAUUUUACCUAAUCAAGCAAGACAAUCACUUAUUGAUGCUAUAAACGAAGAAGAUUUGUAUACAGUUAUACUUAUAUUAGCUCAUAGAAAAAUAUCAACGGAUGAUCUUAAUUCUUCACUGUUACAUUUAGCUGCUUUACAAGGCAAUGUUACCAUUUUACAACUUCUCCUUUGGUAUGGUGCCGAUCCAUUUGUAAAGGAUAGUCAUGGUCGUACACCUCUUCAAUGUGCUAAUGGAGAUUGUCUUCAAGUUCUUCAAACAUUAACUAAUAAUCAUACAAAUUCUCAACCACAAUUAAAACAAACAACAAUCUCUCCCCAGCAUAGUACAUUACCUCGUCAACGGCCGCCUGCAUCAUCUCCUGCGCCACCUUAUGAUAAACUCCCAUCAUCUGUUAUUUAA